CCCGUACCCGCUUCUCAUCUUGGGUCCCGGCAGACAAAGCUGGAGAUCUCGGAGUCUGCGCCCCUAUUAUCUUGACGCCGCAGUGAAACCGCGGCAGCUGCUGACGGCAGGGUUGUCGACCAGUCCUGCAAGAUCACCACCACAUUAUCAAUGAUUGCCUGAUGCCCAUGGUUUUGGUGACAAAUGUGCCUAUCGGAUUGGACCUGUUGGUGAUGUGCGUGUGAACCGCGUGAUUUUUCGUACUCAACGAACAGUCCGGUGCAUGGUCCGAGCCUUCCGACAGGAUUAAAUGUGGUUCCUACCGAACAUCGCUUGAAGCAGCCUUCACCUUCACAUUCCUCCGCAACCCGUCCGAUGGCUACUACGGCAACUCCUACGCACCUCGUACCUCACCAGGGGAUGACUAACAGCCUUCAUUCGACGGGGUAGGAUUUCCGUACCUUUUCCCGGCACGAUGGCGUGAUGUCUACUGCUAAACGGUUGGUGCUGAGUUGGCGCGGGAGGAAACAGUCGCACGACAGUUCUGUAGGUCGUCUCUGCGGUCACCAUGGCGGUCUGAGCACGAGCGACAGCCACGAGUUGGACGAGAUAGCUGUGGUCAGCAGCAACGCGGAUCCGUUGCACGUCAAGUACGGUAGCGGACCUCUGUCGACUAUUAAUGGACCCAGACUUGUACCAGGAAUCAUCACGAGUGGAGGCGGAUGCAUGGUUGGCGAACGUUUGAAUUCGAGUGGUUCACGCCUCAAUGUAUCAUCUCCGGUGCAGUCUGCUCAACCCUUAGCUGUCCAUCAUAAGUCAACGGACAGCAUCCAUGGUAGGCUCAAGUCUGUUUCCAGGCAGAGCUUGCUAGACCUUGUCGGCUGUAAGCUAGGAAUGUCAAAGACCCCAAACCGCCCCCCGGACAGCUACCACCACAGUUAUCAGCACCAUCCGCCAACGCAUUACUUCUCGUCCUCUCACGACAGCAUCUCGGCACCGUACGUGAACAGGGCUGCCAACGUCGGAUCGGCUGCUAGCGAACUAGACCUAUCCAGAAAAUCGAGGAGGAAAGAUUUGAGAAACAGGUUAAAACUGCCUUCUAGCGUAGCGUUAGCGUCGUCGGGGGAAGCUCCGCUACUGGGCGCCUGGCGAACAGCCCCUGGCUCGACUGCUGGCACCAAUCCACCCUCAUCGAACCACCUGAACUCGACCAGUAGCUGUAACGGCACAGAAAGUCGAUACGGAUUGAGGAGGGUGGACUCCUACAACUCCCGCUUGAGGAAGGGAUCAUCGAAUUGGUCGUUCGUUUUUGACCCAGCUGGAAGACUUUGCUACUACUGGUCUAUGGUAGUGUCGUUCGCCUUCCUGUACAAUUUUUGGGUCAUCAUUUACCGUUUUGCCUUUCGGGAAAUCGACAAGCACACCAUCCUCGUCUGGUUCUGUCUGGACUACCUGGCGGACUUCCUCUAUCUCAUGGACAUCCUGUUCCACUUCCGCACCGGGUACCUGGAGGACGGGGUGCUUCAAACGGACGCGGUGAAGCUGCGCAACCACUACGUGAACUCGACCACCUUCUACAUCGACUGCCUAUGUCUCCUACCCCUGGACUUCCUGUAUCUGUCCGUCGGUUUCAACUCGGUCUUGCGCAUGUUCCGACUGGUGAAAAUCUAUCGGUUUUGGGCUUUCAUGGACCGGACAGAACGUCACACGAACUACCCCAACCUCUUCCGUUCCUCCAGCCUGAUCCACUACCUCCUAGUUAUAUUCCAUUGGAACGGGUGCCUGUUCCAUCUUAUCAUUAAAAAUGACGGCUUCGGCUCUAAAAAUUGGGUGUACAGUGACGCGGACAGUACUGAUCACGUGAAAGCGUACCUGCAGAGUUAUUAUUGGUGCACGCUGGCUUUGACCACGAUCGGCGACCUGCCGAGGCCUAGGAACAAAGUCGAGUACAUGUUCGUGAUAGCGCAGCUUCUUUUCGGACUGCUUCUGUUCGCCACUGUGCUGGGUCACGUGGCUAAUAUUGUCACGUCCGUUUCGGCGGCCAGGAAGGAAUUUCAAGCUAAACUGGACGGCGUGAAGACGUACAUGCGGAUGAGGAGGGUGCCCAACCAUCUGCAAGUUAAAGUGAUCAAGUGGUUUGACUAUCUGUGGCUCACCCAAAAGUGUUCGGACGAAGAAAAAGCCGUAUCGUGUCUUCCAGAUAAACUCAAAGCCGAGAUAGCUAUCAACGUUCAUUUAGAUACUUUGAAACGUGUAGAAAUAUUCCAAAAUACCGAAGCGGGUUUUCUAUGCGAAUUGGUGCUAAGGCUUAGGCCGGUUUUGUUUUCUCCAGGAGAUUAUAUUUGCCGAAAAGGGGAAGUAGGUAAAGAGAUGUACAUAGUUAACAGAGGCAGGCUGCAAGUAGUUGCUGAUAAUGGUAGGACUGUCCUAGCAACGCUAAAGGCGGGCAGUUAUUUUGGAGAGAUUUCUAUUUUGAACAUGGGCACGGCAGGUAAAAACCUUGGUAAUCGAAGAACGGCCAGCGUUAGAUCUGUCGGUUACAGCGAUCUUUUCGUUUUAAGUAAAAAGGAUAUGUGGGACGUCCUCAAAGAAUAUCCUGCGGCCAGGGUUAGACUGGAAGCUAUUGCUGUGAAACGAUUGGAGAAAUACAAGAGGGCCCCUCUAGAAAAAGCUGCUAUGGGUAGAAGUCAGUCCACACCCGGCCUCGUCGAGUCCAAAGGAAAAAUACCACUAGAAGACAUGCUUCUGCAACCCGUGCUAGUGGGCUUCACACCAUCAGCUUUCCAAAGAUCUUACAUGGAUUCUCCCACUCCCUGCACCGUAUGCCCAGACAGUCCUGCAAGAUCGACCAGUAGCGAGAGAAGUCAUCACACUCCAGUGUCUCAGCCUAGAUCGGGUACCACGAUGCAGUGCGACAGCAUGACGCAGUUGGUGUCGGGUGCCACGACACCGCUGCUCGGUUCCCACGAGGCCCUGGAGUCCGAAAUAAAGAGGCUGAGGGAGAGACUGCACACCGUGGAGGCGGAAAACACGGCGAUGAGCGUGAAGCUCAACCAGCAGCAGUGGGAACUGCAGAACCGCUUGGCCGAGAUCGAGAUGCAGAUAUGCUGCUCGCGGUCCACGAGCAGUCUGGAGGACAACGAGAGGAACAGGGAGAGCAUCAUUUAACAACAAAACGCGCUGCCUUACCACGUCUGGAACCAGUACGAGUUCGUGCAGUACAUCGUGUAGUGAAGGCGGCAAAUUUCGUGAUAUGACUUCCUACAAUGAAAUUCCUGUGCUCGAAAUGUUCCCGCAGAGACGAGGGAUGAAAGCAUCGAGACUCCUCGCGUCGGGACUAACCUUCGCUUUUCUGUAAUAUCUUUUGCUACACUAAGAAAAUAUGUGGCAAUUCAUCUCUUUCCUCGGUAAUACGAAUGAUUCGUUAAUUUUAUCAAGGGUGAUGACUCGAGGUUUGUACUAGACACUGAUGAAUUUGUAUCCUAACGGACAGCAUCGACUGCCUGUUGAAAUUCCAAUUGAUACGUUCAGAUAUUUCCCCAAGUACGUGAGUGAAGAUCAAUGUUUUUUUUUUUUUUUUUUUGGAGGAUUCGGUGAAUGAGUUCGAAGAUGUUAUCGCGACAAAAUUGAUAUAAGCAGUGUUUGAUGUCUGUCUGUAAAACAUUGAAAGAAGAUCACCGGCCUGCAAAAAUCUUAUUGAGUUCCGAAAAAGUACACUUCACCGAGGUGGACUCGAACCUGUGUCCUAUUGAUUUCCGAUUAUAUGCUCUGACCUCUGAGCCACCAGAGAACUCAGAUUCCAAUCGCAAACUAGGAGAACCAUUUCUCAAGAAUUGCCUUGAAACGAAAAGUAAUUUCAUGAUUUGUCUAGCAGUUUACUUUUAACUUCCAUUUUUGUCAUCCGAGUAUCGAUAUCUUCUGUAGCCUGAAGAAGCAUGGAAGCUGAUAUGAAACUGCAGCGUAUUGGGUGAAUGAAUGUUAAUAAUGUCACCCUACAAACUUUCAAUGGUUCAAGGUGUUCUGGGUCAGUUAGAAGGGAUCAUCAAGAUCCUCUAUCUAUCUAUUACUACCCUUAACAUUGUCUCCAUUUAGCAAAAUUUGCAGAGAGGACCAUAAUGGUCAUUGAAAGUGAAAAUUGUUUCCUUACCUUUCUAACUGUCCCAGAACACACAAAAAGUUGCUAAGGUGACACUACUAACAUUAAAUUCUUGAGAAGCGGUCGGUCCUCCUAGUUUGCGCUUGGAAUUCGUGUCCUCUGGUGGCUCAGUGGUCAAAGCAUUUGAAGGGCAAUCAAGGGGUCAAGGGUUCGAGUCCCGCGUGGAGACAUAAUUUUUCGGAAUUGAAUUAUUUUUCUGCACGCCGUUUAUUUUCCUUCAAUAUUGAUAUCCAUCCUUCAACACUCAUGACUUUAUCUUUCUUAACCUAUUCAAUUAUUCUAUAAAAGACAAUAAUGUCCACAUCAUAUUGCACCAACAUCUUCUUUUAAUCUUCAUUUUAAACGUGAAUCUUCUGAGAAGAAGAAAAAACUUGCUAGUUUCCAAGUUUUUCACCCGAAUAUUACCUGAUACCUGAUGUGGACGUUAUUCAUGAUAAGAAUUAGUAGAUCCGAACGUCGCAAAGAAUAACGAUUCAGCAGGAAGAACGACGGGGACCAAGGUUAGUGCAGGAACAUGCUAACUAAAAUUCUUCUGAGAAGUUCUCCCAUAACUUCAAAUGAACUCGAUAUGGCGAGAUCAUGCAAUUAUUACAUCCAUCAAAAUGGCAAACGCUGAAUCUCUCCGUUCUUGUACGUCUGUCUGCAAUGGUUUUCGUUCACUAUCAUUAAGUCUUCCAGUGGAGAAACACUGAUUGAAUUUUGAAUUUCGGAAUUACGAGAGAACCAGAUUCUGAACAUUGAUUUGUGAGAUCAUUGUGUAUUCGACAAUAUCGAAUUUUUAUUUUUUUUUGGAAUAUAUUCCUCAUGAUGUGAUUUAUGCAAAAUCGUAGUUUUAGUAUUGUACAUAAAUUUGAAAUUCACACGACUGCAUAAUACCGAACAAUACAAGGAUUUUUUUCAACUGAAUUACGGUCAUAUUUCAUCUUGGAAAGGUUAGUGUUGAUAAAUGUACAGGCUUAUGAAGAAGAACUACUGCCAUGUUCAAUAGCCCUGUCACCAUUACCUUUUAUGAGAGUAUAGAUAAGCUAACUAGAUUUUUAUAGGGCAGCCUCAAGGUUCAGUGUGGCGUACCUCUGUAUUUAUUUGUCCCCUGAAUAUAAUGUGAAUACCAACAUUCAAAAUUGUACUCGAUACGGUCUUGGGUAAAGGGGAUACAAAACUCGAUUUUUCCGUUGAUAUUGAAUGUUUUUGGGAAUAUAAUGACAAUAUAACUGAACGUCUACAGUACAUAACGACCAGAGGAGUGCAGUUCAAGGCAAAAGGU